UUCACAAUAGGACACACCCACAAAUGAUAAAUGUGCAUGUGGUCGACUAUAUAAUAUAUAAUAUUCCGCUUAAGCGAGUGUGUGUUAAUUAGUGGUCCUGUUCAUGAUUCAAAAUACAUAUUGAAAGGAAAGUAAACAUGGCAAUAACUGGGUUUUAUAUCGCUGUGGGUGUUGCAAUAUGCCUGGUGGUGGCGCAGCUACUGGAGAAACCUUAUCCGAGUCCACAUGGGAAUGACCCUAUGACAGUUCAAUAUCUUGAGAGGGGCGGCUGGAAAAUGGUGUUCCGGGCCUCCGCUGGAAACGGAAAAAGCGUGUACGACGCAUGGACCAAAGGGACAGACACAACUACAACGAAACCAGUGGACAUGGCCAGAUCCUACUCUAGCCAUUUUAGGGAGGCCAAUCUUUAUUAUCGAUGGAGCUCCUUGAAUAUCAAGUACGUUAAGUUUGCCCUCUACAAGGACAACCUCGAAACGGCGUACAUUGUAUUUAAUGGCGACGGUAGCACGAAUACAAACUGGUUUAAUAAGACCAGGGUUCUGGAAUCCUCCUGGUCUGACCUCACGCCGGACGCUACUUACAAUAUUUUCUCGGUCAUUGGCGAUAAUCGGAAUCUGCGGAAUUUCUUUAUCAACAGAAAGUACGCCGGAUGCUCUGGCGAUAUUGGCCAUUUCGUUGUGAGUGAUGGCCCAAAGGGAUCGUGUGCGAUGGAUGUACACGUCCGUCACCCACAGUUCGUCUACUCUGACAUGAACUCUGCUGAUGUCUGGGAGAGAAAGCAGUUUCAGCGCGCUGAUUAUCUUGCUAUUUACGUUAAAAUAUAAACCGCAUUUACAGCUAUAAAACUGUUUUAACAUUGCUAGUUGAGCUGACCGUUUCAAUGCGGUAACCAAUAAUAUUUGAUAAACAUCCCUAGUUAUAUACAUUCUAUAUGUUUUGUUUUGUUUAUGGAUGUGUGUUCUGUGUUUCUGGCUUUGGCCCUGUGUCAUUGAACGGAGUAAUGUUAAAGAUUUUGACUACUGGACCUGUUUUUGUAGUUUUUCAUAGAAAGAUUUAUAUUGCAAUAGAUUUUGAAUGGAAAUUUAAUCUGCGAAAAAGUGACAUCAUUUUUUACUUUUCAUAUUACAACUUUCGAAUUUCAUUGUUGACAAAUAUUCGAUAAAUGUUGUGUAUGUAUAUCAUUCAGACGUAGUCCGAAUAACAAAUGGAAGUACACUA